GGAGCCAACAACACCUACUUUCUGUUUGUGCUGCUAUAUAUAUAAGGACUUACUGAGCAUCUGAACACCAUUUAGGGUGCAGACUGUGGCACGUACCUAGCAGCAGCAAAGAUGCUAACAACUGUAGCACGCACACUUAGGGGAGCAAGGUCAGUUACCUGGAGAAGUCUCUCCACCACCAGCCCUGUGUCGGCAACUCUGGAUCGUGGUUAUGAUAUAACUACCAACAAACCAAUUGAUUUUACCAAGCCAAUGUACUGUGAACGCAGAGAGUACCCUCUGCCAGAUGUACCCUUUGUAUCUGAACUGAACCCUCAGCAGAAGGCUUUAAAGCUGAAGGAAAAUGGACCCUGGGGCCAGCUAACCAAGGAGGAGAAACUUGCUUUAUAUCGCAUCAGCUUUAACCAAUCCUAUGCAGAAAUGCAUUCUGGUUCAAAGUCAGAAUGGAAAACCAUUGUCGGAGCUGUGCUGUACUUCUUGGCCUUUGGUGGACUGUAUCUCUGGUGGCACCGUAUAUAUGUGUAUGGCCCUGUUCCUCACACUCUCUCAGAGGAUUGGGUAGCAAUGCAAGCAAAACGAAUGAUUGAUAUGAGAAUCAAUCCUGUCACCGGCUUCUCUUCUCACUGGGAUUAUGAGAAGAAGCAGUGGAAGUAAUAAUGUGUCUGCUAAACUGGCAGAUGGAAUGUGUGUUAAUAAAAUAUGUUUAUUACUUACAAGAAAA